AUGUUUUGUUUGUUGUUUGACGUUUUGGGUCGCCAGGCGUCAGCACCAAGGUAUUGGCUUUCCUUCGCUGGUGAUGCAGCCCGUGGCGAGGCUGCCAGUUCCGGCACCGUCUUCCAGCCUUUGGGAGAGUCGGUGCAGUACGUGGUGGUCGACGAGGACGGCUUGGUGGUGAAGCAGGGCUCUGGUGAGCUAUGUCUGUCAGGGCCAAUGGUAACGCCAGGCUAUUGGCCGCCGGACACGACCGACACGGCGGGCUGGAUGACAGACACGGCGGGCCGUCGCUUCUUUCGGACCAGCGAUGUGGUGGAGCUGAUGCCAGAGGGCGGCUUCAUCUACAAAGGUCGAAAAGACCGCUCCACCAAAAUCCAAGGCCAGUGGGUAGAUCUUGAUGCCCUGGAACAACGAGUUCAAGACUUGGACGGAAUCAAAGAAGCCUGCGUCAUCGAAAGUGAUGGAUGUAUCCACAGUUUCCUGGUGCCGGACUGUUACCGUGCAGCAGAUCUGCUGCGCUGCAUGGAGAAUUUACGACACGUGCGGCAGAUGAUGCCGUGGCAGAGCUGCGUGAAAAUGCUGCCCAAGCUGCCCCGCAACGAGAACGGCAAGACGGACUUGAGAACCCUCAAGACACAGCUGGCCGACGAAGCGAGACCCGCUGACGCCGUCGCUGACGCUCUACGACUGUCCUUGACCUGUCGUCAGCACGGCACUCUGGCCAUCUUCGCAUUUCUUGUGGCCCUGUGUGGCGAGAUGUUGAUAGUACGAGUCUUCCGUGGGCGGCAACGCGAAAAAGUGCGAUGGCUGGGGCCCUUGAGUAUGGCAUAUGCAUGGCUGGCUUUGGCCCACUUCUCGGAGAUCAAGAACUCCAUCCUGGAAAAGGCACCCUUUUCCAGGAUGGUUUUUUUGCUGCUUCUCCACCUCCUUCCAGCUCCAGCAGCACUUCACCUGCGACGGGCUCUGGCAGUGCUGGGGCUCUGGCUGGCGAACAGCGGCCGGAAGAUGAUGGCGUGGCCACUGGUCUUCUGGUUCGGCAUUGGCACCUCUCUCCACUACGAGUGUGUCAGCACCUUCCGCCGUGGUCUCCUCGCCGGCGUCAUGAGGCAGUUACAUGGGAGCACCGACUGGCUCGAUGAGGUCCUUCGCUUCCUGUCGAAGCGGAAAGUCUUUGGUUCGCGGCGCUGGUACAGCUGGAAGGCGGCAAUGCCGGUGACGCGCUCCACGGCCACGCAGUGGGAAGAGUAUCCAAAGAACGAGGCAGAGUUGCUGGCCCAUGACCGAUGGAUCGCUGGCACAUUGGAUGGAUGGAAGGAAUCGACAAAGUUGCGGGCACAAGAAGCAAAAGCAGAGCAAAGUGAAAUGCUGGAAUCACCGGAUGCAUCCAUUCCUGUGAAGUUCUCGCGUAGCGCUAUCGACUGGGCCUUGCAGACCUUCACGGCACCCACGGACAGCGGGAAUGCCAGCGGAGAUGCCAGCGGAGGCGUCGAUGCGGUGCGAAUGCUGGAGCUGCUACAGCAGGCCAUGCCAGGAGUGGAUCUGGAUGCACCUUUAAGUGGUCUCGACAGUUUGCGGGUGAGCUUUUUGACCAGCACCCUCCGGAGCCAUGGCAUAGACCUCCGUGCCGAUGUGGUGCGCCAGGCCUCUUCCCUCCGCGCCCUGGCGACGUCGAGCGUCACCUCGGCGCCCUGCGGUGCCGUGACGUCCUCGCCGGCCACGACGUUUUCGGAGAUGGAGUAUGCCAUUUGGUAUACACCUGGGCAACAUCAAGCCAUGGGUCCCUGGCUGUGCCGUGGCCCACGCGAUGUGAACAUGGAGUCGAUGAAACGGGCGGUAGCACUCCUGCAAGAACGACAUCCGGCGUUGAGGGUCCAGCCCAAAGAUCCCAUUGCCAUCAGAUCCUUCGUGCUCAGCUGCGGCGCCCUCCACGCGGCGCUCGCGCGGGCUUCGACAUCGUCGACGCUGCGAGGGCUGGGGGAAGCGCUGCGGAGGGCGUGGCCACGGGUGACGGUGCCGGGUGCCAGGACCAUCAAGGAGAUCGAUACAGCGAAGACUCCUUUCUCCGUGAUGGAUGUCUAUGCACUGGCGUACAGUGUGGACACCCCCAUGCUGAACCCAUCGCCUCAUCCUUGUCUCCUUGGCAACGCAUCAGCCGUGCGCAUUGUGGCACUGCACCGAAACCCAGAAGUCAACGGCAGUGCUGCCAUUCGUUGGUCCUGGGUUCCUCAGUUGGCUUCUUGGGUCGCUGUUCGAGAGGUCAGCGGAGUCGGAAGCCUCAACUUUGGUUGGCUUCUUCUAGCAGGCCGAGGUCGAAGCCAGGUCCGGGCAAUCCUCGACCGAGAUGGUAGUGGUUCAGUCGAGCUUGUGGAUGAAAACGGCGAACCAGAUUCGCAUGACAUGUUUGCCCCGAUUCAUGAGGCUGUGCAUGGCGUCCUUGCAGGAUCUCGAUUCGCAGUUGAACGUAAUUGCAAAGAGUACUUGAGAAAGCUCGCAUAUUUUCUGCCCAUCACUGCAAAACGAGGUAGUCUGAAGAAGAAUGAAGAGAAGACAUUUGGUUACGCAAAAGCCCGUGCUGUGUUUAGGGGCGGUGGCCCUUUCAUCCUAGAGGAUUCUCCAGACCUGGCAAUCAGGGCUUUGACACGCCUUGGAUAUUUGGACCAAUUCAACACAGACGUGCCAGAGGCAAUGUUUUUAUUCCUCAAUUCAGCGGAGAACAAGGGCUCUUUGAGGAAAUUUGGCUGGCUUCCAGGUCCAGGUGAUAAUCAUGUGGAUGUUGACAGGAACUUGCGAGCCAUGAAAUUGUAUGCGAAACAGCACCAGCUACCCGUCAUGCGAACUCUCAACGGAUUGGCGUGGAGCAUUCUUCGCAAAAGUAAUGCCAAGGAUCCGACCAUGAGAAGCGUAGGUCAGAAUGAACUGGAGAAGCUGCUGCAAAACCGCACGAUGCGCCCACCGUUCGAGGUGGCGCUUCUCCGUUUGACGCUUCCCGUGGAGGGCGUUUGGGAAUGCCAAGGGGGACACGUUUCCAUUCUUCGCGAUGGCGAGGAUCUCGUCUAUGUGGAUGCGCAUCGUUGGGUCUCCGCCAAAUUGCUGCCACCGGAGGAUUCAGCGCGGAUGCAGAAUUUCCUGCUGCGUGGACGGCUGCAGCGGGGUGGAGAGGUCCUUUUGCGCUUUCCAACCUCAAGCGAAGUUCAAGUGGCCUUCAGAUUGGGGCCACAGGAAGCUUUCCGGACGUUCACAGCCAAUCGAUUGCCACAAGAGAAGGAUCACCUAUCGAACUUCUCCUUUGUGUUGAUUCAAUGCUAUCACUCCUUUGGCGAUGGAUUUUGUUUCUCUCCCAUCGCUUCGGAUCUCUUCCGCAUCUACAACGCGCUUGACCACGGAGAUGGCGAUCCAGAGAUCCAUGCGUUUGUCUACUCCAACAGGGAUGGCGUGGCGGAUGCCAUGAAAGUCUUGCAGAAACGAUUAGAGGAGACGCUGAUGAUGGGUUCUGAUCCCAGCAGACAUUCGCUUCGAGGAAAUUUGUGGAGCGCUUGGUUCAAUGGAUCUUCUCAUGCCCUGAAUGUGCAAGGAGACACGCUUGCGGUGCUCAAGGCAGUUGCCCAAAAGUAUUUGAUUCCGGUGAAUUACCUUUUGCUGGCAAUUGUGAUUGCGGCCAAUGCAAGAGCCUCCAGGAUUGAUGCAGUGGAGAUGACGCUGUAUGUGCCAAUGCGCGAUGGUCCUGAAUCCAGCAUGGUGGGGCUGUUCGCCGAUUGGCGCGACAUACGAGUUCCUACGCCCGAAGUGGAUUGCACUUUGUUGGGAGUUCUCUGGGAGGUCUCAGACAUCUUGCGACUCCGAAAGUGGCGGGUCUUCAAUGCCCUCAGAAAGGCCGAUCGAACCGUGGUGAACUUUGAUCUGAGAGAUGGACGGGAACACCAUGGUUUCCGACAAGUGCCAGAAAGCUUCUGGAGAAUGGAAAGAGCGAAGGCACCGAAGAGCAAUUGGAACCACUGGGAAUGGUUGCAUCAGCCACUACAAAUCGACUUGGUGGAAGAACACAGCGACCGCUGGUGCAUUCAUGUCCGAGUCUCCUACGAGAAGUACACUACUGCAUGGCGGCGGAAGUUCAUCCAAGCCAUUCAGGAUGCGACCUAUGACAUCGUCUUCCAGCCUUGGCUCUCAGUCCAUAAGGCUUUCCCAGACGCAAAUCAGUGA